AGUAAAGAAAAAAAGGGUGGUGUCUAGUGUUUGUUGUUGAUUCAACUCCACAGAGUUUGAUCAGUUAGAUAGUUGUUGGCAAUGACUUCAUCCAGCGGCGGCGUUCCUCCUGGGUUCCGGUUCCACCCGACGGACGAAGAGCUUCUGCACUACUACUUGAAGAAGAAGGUGUCCUAUCAGAAGUUUGAUAUGGAGGUGAUCAGAGAGGUUGAUUUGAAUAAGAUGGAGCCAUGGGAACUCCAAGAGAGAUGUAGGAUUGGGUCCACACCACAAAAUGAGUGGUACUUCUUCAGCCACAAGGAUAGGAAGUAUCCAACAGGGUCAAGGACUAAUAGAGCCACAAAUGCAGGGUUUUGGAAGGCAACAGGGAGGGACAAAUGCAUAAGAAAUAGCUUCAAGAAAAUUGGAAUGAGGAAAACCCUUGUUUUCUACAGAGGAAGGGCCCCUCAUGGCCAAAAGACUGAUUGGAUCAUGCAUGAGUAUAGGCUUGAAGAUGCUGAUGAUUCUCCAGGAAACCCUAGUGAGGAUGGAUGGGUGGUGUGCAGGGUUUUCAAGAAGAAGAACCUAUUCAAGCUUGGAACCGAAGGCGGAGGAAGCAGCAGCGCCAGCAUGGCCGGCUUAGACCAACAACUCAACAUUAACACAUCAUCCACCACCGACCAUCCCCGAUCCUUCACCCACAGAGACACCCAAUACUUACCACGCCCACAAUCCUUACCCUUCCACUACUCCCACAUCCCCACCCCACAAUACUCCCACAAUCUCCAAUCCCAAACCCUUCUCCCUCCCCACAAGCCCAUUGCCUACGACUUUUCACCUCUCCCUUCCGACUCCCCCGUCAUGAUCAAGCAGCUCAUGUCCAACCCCCGAGACUGCGAGAGUGCCGGCAGCGAGAGCCUCCGGUACCAGCCCUGCGAGCCGGGGAUGGAGGUGAAUACAUGUGAGCCGGGGGCUCAUCAUCAUCAGCAUAUGGUGGGUCCUGGGAGAGAAGAAAGCUUGAGUGAGUGGAGCAUGCUUGAUAGGUUGGUGACCUCUCAUCUUAGCCAUGAGGAUUCAUCGUCGAAGGGAGUGAGGUUUGAGGAUGGGAAUGGUUCGUCGGUUCAGCAAAUGAAUCAGCUGUCCUUGCGUGGAGAAAUGGACUUCUGGGGGUAUGGGAAGUAGGGAAGUCGCAGGAGGGUGGCUAUGGAUCUCUUCCUUGAUUGGCAUAUUGAUACUAAGUGGAUGCAUGGAUUGGAGCCUAUAAUACAAAAUGGGUUCUAACCAUUUACCAUCUGAAUUGUUAUAGUAAUUGAAAGAUUUAUCGUUUGUUGCGUUGGA